CCCCUGCCGCUGCUCCGCCGGGACACCGGCUUGAUCCUGACGAUGUCUCAGGAGCAGGCCGCCUGCCUCCUGGCCAACGCCUUCUUCUGCACCUGCGGGUCGCUGCUGGACGGAAUGUUCACUCAGCAAGCGCGCGUGCUGCUGCUGGGUUUGGACGCGGCCGGGAAAACCAGCAUCCUGUACAAGCUCAAGCUCGACGAAUCCGUGGUGACCAUCCCGACCAUCGGCUUCAACGUGGAGACCGUGCAGCCCAUCAGGAACGUCACCUUCACCGUGUGGGACGUGGGCGGCCAGCAGAAGAUCCGCGCUCUCUGGAGGCACUACUUCCAGAACACGGACGGGCUCCUCUUCGUGCUGGACAGCGCGGACCGGGAGCGCUUCCCGGAGGCUCUCAAGGAGCUGGACGCCAUCCUGGACAGCCCCGAGAUGACGCGGGUGCCCUUCGUGCUCCUCGCCAACAAGCAGGACCUCCCGCGGGCAGCGGCCACCGCGGAGGUGGCGGAGGCGAUGAAGGCGGUGAAGACGCGGCACGGGCGCGAGUGGCUGGUGCAGGGCUGCUGCGCCCGCACCGGAGAGGGCCUCCUGGAGGGCGUGGGGCAGCUCUCCCGCUUCAUCCGCAACUCCAGAGCCUCCUCGGGGACAAAGUGA